AACCAUCAGCUAACAGACUCAAAAUUUGAAUAUAAAAAUAAUUGUAAACAAUAGGACUAAUUUCCUGAACUUAAUGUGAAGAUGAGAUAGUUACAUUAUUUUACUAAACACAUUGUAGUUUGGUUGUCUGACCAACACGGUACUUUUUCGAGGGGUUUUCAAUUUCUUGAGAUGAUUCAGUUGGAGGUCUGCAUACCGGUAGAGGUGGAGGGCAAAUAUGGCGAGUUUUACCCCGGUGUCAUUAAUGGGUUGAAAUCUCUAGAAGAACUUAAUGUGACACUAUUAGAUUCUUCCCACUCGAAAGCCCUUGUGGAAUUCACUCUCCCUCCUUCCUCGUUGCGUCUACCUCCAAAAGACCCAGGAACGGUCUUAGAACCAGUUCAAGGACUAGAGGUUGAUGUGUUAAUCAGCUCCUCUCCUGGCGAGCCACCUGUAGAUCAUGAGCAACCAAGUGAUGCAAUCGCCUCUAAACUUUCUGCCUGGUGGCCUGCUGUCGUAAGGAAAAUUGGUGGGAGUUUUGUUAUUGUGGAGUUAAUGGCUGACUUCUCCUCUGAGAAUGCUGGUCCAAAUGAAGUAACUGUCCUUCCCAACAAACGCAUUAGUGUCCCUCAUCCGUCAUCACUUGAGAAAACGGAUAUUGUUGAAAAGCACCAAUUGAGGCCACGAGUUCAUCAUCCUAAUCUUAGUGUCUCAUCCUUUCACAUCCAUGCCAUAGAUAUACCGGACGAGUUAGCUCCAUAUUGCAAAGAGCCUGCCAAUUACCAUCAUUUUGCUCGAAGAUGUGGUUUGCCUGUCCUGAUCACCUUGGCACCCGAUACUUUUAAACCAGUGUCUCCAGUUAUUAAGGGGGAUAGUGAGACGUACAACUUGAAGUCCCGUUUGCUUGUAAUUUCUACGGAUGUCUCCACAAUCAACAGAGCAUCGGUCAUCGACAACACGUUCGUUGAUAUGCUGCGACAAAAAGUCUCCAUUUUGCAACAAACUGAAGAACUAUCUAAAAAGUUGGUGGCGUCUCGUCUUAAUCAGCAAUCACCAUUCGUUGAAGAAUUCCUCAUACCCCUGGAUUUAAUUCAUUAUGCAAUUGGUGCUCAAGGGUCAAAUAUUAGACGCGCUAGUGCUAUUGAAGGUGUACUUUCAGUAAAGCUAGAUCGCCAGACUGGCAAUAUCAGGAUUUCUGGAAAGGUAGGUUUUUUCAUUUUGUCUCGAAUUCGAUAAACUUGUUCAAUGCGGUAAAAUCAGCGCUUGCCAAUAGCUUUAGCUUAAAGGUUCAGUUGGCUACAAGUGUAGAGCUAUUAACAUUGGUUAAAUCUAUUGGUAAUAGCAGCCAAGUUUAUCGACUCUGGUCGUAUCACAAAACAGAUCCUUGAUCUCAUUUUGCAAGUUAUUUUUAUUCACUCGUAGCAAUCAGUUAAUGUUAAUUCCUAGGCCUGGUAAGCGCAUUCAUGUUUUACAUUUAACCUAUCCUAAAGAAAGGUCACAAUUUCAUGAACAUUCAAGAACUCACGUAUUCAUCAACGUUUUCCGUUUGUUUCAUAUCAUGGAUUUCUGAAGUCGUGCUCACACUUCUAGUUAAUCGCAAAACUGCUUAUUGUUUUGACACAAGACGCUGUUAAAAACGCGAAGAAGUUAUUGGACUUCUCUCAAGACAUCUUCCAGAUACCUAAAUCAUAUGUAGGUCCUAUCUUGGGGUCAGGUCGUCGACACGUCCAACAUAUCGUAGAUCGAGUAGGACUUGUUGGAAUCAAAAUUUCUAAAUCACCUGAAGACGAUCGUGAGCAUGUUUCAUUUCAGUUAACGGGGACUCAACAAGCCAUACGUGAUACGCAGUUAUUUUUGGAAUUUCAAGUCGCAAGCUUACAGGAGUUAGAUCGGCUUCGUGGUGUUGAGAAUCCACCGUCUAUACUAAAACCCAAGAAUGCAACCAUUCCACUUGAAGAUAUUUCUAGGUAAUUGAUUGUCACAAAAUGUAAAAUUAAUAAAUUCUCGUUAGAUUUUGAAUGAAAUACUGAGCUUUUCAUCUAGUGUGUAUAUAAACUUAUUUCGAUCUUUGUGGUCUUAGACUCAAUGCAUAUUUUAUAGGAACUGUAUUUUGGCUGUUAAUAUUCAAGGGUUUUGAUUGUUGCGCUACUUGUUUCGAACCAGCAUUUGUCAGCUUAUUUUGAUUAUAUUAAACGUGGUAUUCUACCGGUGCCGUUGUCGGCAUUUUUAGUAACAUCUUUUAAUUGUUUACUAUUAUCUCUACUAACUAAAUAUUCACUUGUUACGGGUGUCUAAUUGCAAUCUGUUUUUUUCUUAAGCCAUUAAAUAGGGUGACAGAAAAAACCGUAUUUCUGUUCUACAACUACAGUGAACAGCGGAAUUGCCCCUAAAUACCCAGGUAUGACCAAGGGUGGGGAGAGUCCGCCGUCGCUCUCAAAAUGCUCUGAUAUGGCCACACGUAUAUAGCCACUGCCAAGGAAAUUCUGCUCGCUGCCUUCUCGUGAUGGGUGUUGUUUAAUAAGUUAAAAGGAUAACAAGCAAAUGUCCGGCUCGUAAACCAGAUCAGUGGGUAUGAAAGACCCACCUAGGGAGGUUGGAAAACCCUUAUUCAGAAUUAAUGUUCAUGAACUCCAGAAUCCUGAUAGAAACUAUUCUUGGUCACCGAUUGCUAUGGGACCUCAUCUCCUGACGUCGCUCCACUACCUCAUAGAUUAUUGUCGGUCGUCCAUUUACAAACAACUUUAUGAUGUGAUACAAGCUUUCAUCAGCCUAACUUGUCACACCACAUUCACAGAACUAGAGGGAACUACUGCAUUAAAACCGACUGUCACCGCCGGGGCUCACACGAUAACUUUUCGACAUUUUACAGUGGUUCUCUUGAAAUUUUAUCUUAGAUUGAUGAUAACCUGUUCAGUCAUAGACAAAAUAUCGUUAUUGGAUAUGAUUUCCAAAUAAGCAUUCUUUCUAACUAUAGACAAAACUAAAGACAGUAGGUACUUUGGAUUAGGAGGUGUACUAUAUUCGGAAAUCCUAAGAUCAAAGAUAUUACACUAGAAUUUUAGUAAUCCAUAUGGUGUGAAACACUUCAUGUCAAAAAAUAUUUUUGAUGUCUAGUAUAAACUUUUUCAAUGUAGACAUACAGUAGCGAACAAAUUUGAAUUUAGGAUAAAUAUGCAUCGAAUCGGAUUUUUAUGCUUCACAUAAACAUAGACAGAAAAAAGCAGUGACUAAAUAAUAUUUAUCCUUACAUAAAUGCAAAAUAAAAAUUCAAUGCACAUGAAUUUUGAAGAAUCAAGAGACGAAGUCAAGGAGUGACAAACUCCAUACCACCAUGUUCUCAACGGAAGAACCAUAAUAAAUGAAUAGAUCUAUCCCUUAGAGACCGAUUUCAAGCCAUGUUACUUAAAGUUUACUAAUAUCACUGUGUUUCAGACCGUUAUCAGAAAAAAACCCAUUCAUCUAAUCUCCUGUCAAACGACAUUAAUAAACCUGCUCAGUUUUCUCUGCCUAGAAAAAGUAAGUUUUUGGAUGAAGUCCUACAUAGGAUGCAAUCAUGUUAAUCCCUAUUUAGCAAUAUUUUUACCUCAUUUUGAAUAAAGAAAACGCACUUUAUAAUUGUAAUUGUAGCAAUGAUGAGUCUUCAAAUCAUUUCACACAUUCUGAAAACGGUCAUCGUAUAUCAAACGGUGACAAUCAAAGUUCGAAAUGCAGUGAAUCUAACUAUACUGUACAUUCAAAUAGUUUAAAUAAGGAGGAUCCGAAGAAACAAGAAACUACUUAUAACAACAUUGCAAAUUCACGUCCACAUCCUGGCGGGCGUCAGCCCAAACCGAGAUCUCAAGUCAAUCACACAAGACCAGAUCCUCGUCAAAUUCCCCCCAUUCAACGAGGUGGUGGUGAAAGUGUUCGCAACAGUGGGAGUAAUCAUACAGGUGUUUCUAAGUCUUCAGCCAACCAUGUUAACUCCAAAAACCCUAAUCAGCAAAAAAAUCAACCGAAUCAUCGUUCGGAUUCCAUGGGACCUAGAGGACAAAACAUGUGUGCCCCAAUUGUUAGCUGAAUGAAUUUUCCAGUUAGAGUUCAACGAACAUUUUCAGUAGACCACUCAGUUUUAAGUGCUUACCCUUACCUCCGCUUUGACUAUCCGAACAUCUCAUCUUAUUCUACCUUUAUUCAAUUCGGCUGUCAUGUCCUCUAUACACACUCACACUGUGUAAAUCAGAUUGGAUAACUGGAAACUUGUCUAAAGGUGAUUUUUAAAUGAUCUUAUUUUUAGCGCAUAUUACUGAAUAUUCGUUGCUUUUUUCUUCUUGGUGAUAUUCACUUCUUGUUUCAACCAGUCGUAAUCUUAAACCAUAUUCUGUAUAUUGUUUCUGUUAUAGUUUCUGGAUUCACCAACUAAUAAAAACAAAGUAUUAUCAUACUGGCUGAUUAUCCAUUUUUAGUAAAUAUCUUUGCUUUCAACCGUAUUUGAACUUAUGGCAUUACCUCAGCCUAAUACCUCAGAUUUAUGUACAAAUCAUGAACUAAAUGAUGGGUUAUCCUACUACACUUGAUUUGUAUUAUGGUUUUUAUUUAGUGCGUUCAUUAUUUAUUUCGUGUUGAUUUGUUUGUCGUAUAAGGUAGACUACAGUAAGUGUACGAAUUAAUAUAGUGUGAGUUGUCAAUAUUCCAUCGCUUAGGAUUUAUCAUCAUAUAAUUUGGAUGUGAUUCGCUUUCCUGUAUGUAGUACACGGCAUUCAGUACAAUUUUUUAUGGAAAUCAGUUUCAAAGCAAAAAGGUUUGUUUAAUAAAUACACUGGAUCUAUUCAGUGUAGCUUGAUAUUCUGAAUAUCGGUUGCCUUAUCGUCAUUACCAUUAUAUAAAUUAUGUAUUUUGGGUGUAAUUUCGCUAAAUCCUUUAAUUAGGUAUCCGUCCUUUA